AUGUCAAAAGAUUUGGCACUUAAAUUUCAAGUUGAGGCAAUAGAGAGAAUAAAAAAACAAUAUGAACAUUCAUUGAUAACUGAUUCUGAUAUUGUGGCCCAACAAGAGCUUUUACAGGCCUCGAAAAAACAAAUGUUCAUCAGUGAUCACAAACAGUUGAAAAGUUUUAUCACAAAAAGCAACUGGUCCAAAGUUUACUUCGUGAAAGAAACAGCGAUAAGAUAUCAACUCAUCAAAAACUCAACUCUAUCGCUUUUUGGUAUUGAAAAUAGAGAAUUGUCAGCAAAGUCUGUUGCGUCAUGUUCCAAAGACGAUUCCGAUUUCCUUCCGCACAACAAUUUGUUGACAAUGAUCUAUUGUGCCAACUUUGAUGGGUCUGAUAAGUGCAAAAGUUCAUUCCUUGGUCCAAUUUUCAAUCCUAGAAGACUCGUUGAAAGCUUGGAUAAUAAAUUUAAUUAUUAUUAUACCAAGACCGGCUGGCUAUCAAGCGCACACUUUCAAAAAUAUUUGGAGGAAAUAAGCAACCAUACCAAGCUUAGCAUUAGGCAUCAGGACACAAAUGUAUUAAUUUCACAGAUGUAUGUGAAAAAGGUUUUGGAGAAAUUGUGGACUACAAUCAGGUGUCUAGAGUUUUUGCAGAGCCAUGAAGUGGCAAAAGGUACGAAUUUAGUAGCCUCAAACUAUUCUAGUGAAAACUUAACCAAUAUAAUUCUUCAUUCUUUGCAAUGUUCUAUUUAUGAAUCUGUCACAAUGUUAAACGAUAUUUGGAACGAGGUGUCUCAGGAUAUAGUUUAUGAAUUUACCAAAUCUAUGAAGGAUUCGAAAAAUGGAGCCAUGAGAAUUAAUCAGUCGGGUUUCUACUCGAAUACCGUUUUAGAAAAAUUGCAUCAAAUGCUCACCAUUCAAAUCACAGAGAUUAAGGAGAGAAUAAAUACCAGCCCGAUUAUGAGGAGCUCCAUGAUUGGUUACCUUGAUGACAUUUUGGUAGAAAAGAGAGAAUUCAAUUAUAUUGGGUGUUCAGAUGUUGAAGGCUUGAAAGAAUGUCAAUUAAGCGAAGAUUUUAUUUAUGGUUUAGCGAAGAAGAAAAUUGCUAGUCGAGAAACCCCAAUUAAGAGCAGGACUAAUCAGCAGAUCUCCUAA